UUAUCCCAACCCUCUCCUCUCAUAGAAUGGUGGGUCCCCUGGAGAGCCCGGGUCCACUUUAGCAGGGCUUCUGGGAGGACCGAGGCCUCCGCACAGGGAUGAGGAGAGGGACUCCUCUCAGGGAAGGGAGUCAGACACUGAAAGGGGCUGGAGCCAUCAAAGGCGCUAUUGAGGCAAGAUGACAGCUACUCAGAAACACAACCUCUUCACGCCAGAACCUCACUAUAUCCCUGGCUAUGCCGGCUUCUAUCCGCAGCUGCGCUACCAGGUGGGGAACACCUACGGGCGCACCACAGCGCAGCUGCUCACAGACCCCGGCGUGAGGAAGAGCCCCUGCUCGGUGUUGUCCCCCAUAUCCAAGCCCAAGUUCAUCGAGGACUUCAGCAAGUCCAAGCCACCUUUGAUCCCCUGCCGCGACCUGACUGAGCCCUACAUCCCCCACUACACCGGUCUGAAGCCCUACAAGAACUUUGAGAUCCUGGGCCGGUUCCCACCCCAGGAGGUGAAUGCCCAGGAGGGGCCGUCGGGGGCAGAGAAUGUAUCCAGGCAGGUCCUGCGGCCUGCAGGCUUCAUGCCCUACCCCCCUUACCCUCCAUGCCCACCAGGCAGGAAGGGGGACUCCAGAGACUUUGGACACCCAGGCCUGCGGCUGGCAUACGGUGAGGAAGGCUGGAAGAGCACCACCCCUGUCCACGAGGCCCCUGAGCGGGCCCAGCUAUACCACUGCAGGAGGGAUGAACACCCACCCCCAGCCCACCAGCAGGAGACAUUAGAUGUGGGCAGGUUUCACAGGCUGCCCCAGCUGGACCACCCCAACCUGAUCCAACGCAAAGCCAUCUCAGGCUAUGCUGGCUUUGUCCCUCGCUUUGCCUGGGUGAUGGGGGUGAAUUACUGCGAUGGUGUCACACAGGCUAUGGACGAGUUUGACAAGAAUCAGUUCCUGAUCAAAAAUCCCAUCUGUGCCCUGGGUGAAAGGCUGCCCAGAACACACUGGCCCAGCAACACCAUCUAUAACAGCAAGGGCCUGAUACCUUUCUACAUGGGGUUUAUACCAUCCAUGCAAGACAACUACGCAAUGACGUUUGGCAACAGCACCCGCAAAGCCUAUCAGAAGGAACUGGAGAGGCGAGACCAGACACUAUGAAAAUGCUUUAAUGGUGGCGUCUGUACAGCAUGUGACGUCAAGACAAGGAAAAGAGCAAGUGCACACAGAGACAUGGCUAUCAGAGAACAGACCGUGAGCGAAUAAAGAGUUCACACAGCUUC